UCAUCCAUCGCGCUGGCGGCCAUCCUGAUGCAGCCCGCAACCAUUCUCAUUGACUACGGACACUUCCAAUAUAAUACGGUCAUGCUCGGCUUCGUCGUGGCUACGAUCGCCAGUAUGAUCUCUGGCUCAUUACUCUGGAGCUGCGUGUUCUUCGUGGCUUCUCUCGGCUUCAAGCAGAUGGCUCUUUUCUAUGCGCCAGUGGUUGCAGCAUUUCUGGCAGGCAGCUGCUUUUUUCCACGAAUCGACAUACCACGCUUCGUCAGCAUCGCAAUUGUCACCGUCCUUUCCUUUGCUGUACUUUUCUUGCCACUUUUGGCUGGCACGGCCUACGACACAAUGCGGUCAGUACCAUUGCCUGCCGGAACUCCUCUGCCGCCCUUACUCCAAGCUCUUCCGUUUGAGCUAUCCGAAACGGCAGCAUACUAUCCGUAUGUUGUUCAGAUCGCCCAAGCGAUUCAUCGCAUUUUUCCAUUCGCCCGAGGCCUCUUUGAAGACAAAGUGGCCAACAUAUGGUGUACCAUCCAUGCAUCCGGAAUCCAUAAGCUCAACCAGUACGACCAAGCUCUGCUGAGUAAAGCUGCGCUGGGUCUGACGCUGACAUCCAUCAUUCCCCCAUGCCUCGUGGUGUUUCUCAAUCCCAAAAAGGAGCUGGUUCCGCUCGCUUUUGCAACGACAGCCUGGGGUUUCUUUCUCUGCUCAUAUCAAGUGCAUGAGAAGAAUGUGCUAUUGCCGCUCUUACCAAUGACACUCCUGCUCUCGGUCGAGAAUGGUCUCAGACCAGCUGUGCGAGCCUGGGUGGGCUAUGCUAAUCUACUCGCCUGCUGGACCAUGUUUCCGCUACUGGCAAGAGAUGAGCUGCGAACUCCAUAUGCUGUGCUGACUUUGCUCUGGGCUUACCUCACGGGCUUGCCGCCGUUUGAUCUUUCGGCAUAUCUUCAACCAACCAGCGACGGCGGACUCAACUGGUUAUCACGAAUCAUCCAUUUGGGAACUUUCGCAGUCGCAAUCGUAUGGCACGGUGUAGAGUACUUUGUCAAGCCGCCAACAUCGAAACCCGAUUUGUGGUUGGUUGCAAACGUCUGCGUUGGUGCGGCUGGAUUUGGGCUGUGCUACUUGUGGUGUUUAUGGAAUUUGAUCUCGCAGAGCGGCGCACUGGAUUUAUUAGGUUCGUCAAAACGCAAAGUGGACGUGAAGAAGACUCAAUAGAUCUUCACUUAGCAUAGCGAUCGG